AAAAAAACACAAUGCUUAUUGACUUGUUCUGUCUCUCAAUUAUUCAAUGAAUCAUUAUCCUUCCAACCAAGCUCCUUCGAUUUUCUCCUUGCACCAAUUGGUGUUUUCGCAUCGCUCAGGACUCAUACAAGACAUUCUCUAGUUUUGACUUUUAAGUUGUCCCAAUAGAGUUCUUAUGCGCCUUUCGGAAUCAUGAUUGAAGUAAAGCGACUUGGUUCUUCCACAAGGAUCACCACAACACUCCUUGAUUCCUUGAUGAUUCUCUUCAGAAACAAACACAUUUUACUCCCAAUCUUUGUCUUUAUAGCCAUCCCUCUCUCGGCACUGCAUCUCUCCUUAACUCUCACCUCAUUUCGUCUCAAAAACCAUGUCUUCCGCUUAGAAGCCUUAGCCAACAUUGUCCACACACGGUUUGAAGCUAGACAGAUAUGGGAAGAGUCUAGACAAGACGCUGUCUCUCUUCUACAUCUUAAAUCUCGGUACUUCGUCCCAUCCUUCAUCCUCUCCUGUAUCGUCUCCAUAACGGUUAUCACAUCAACUUCCUUCUCACACCAGGGGGUAAACCCAUCUCUGAAGUCGUCAUUUGCUUCGGUGAAGUCCUCGUGGAUGAGAGUAACAGCAACUUCCAUUGUUGUCUACGGUCUGCUUUUGCUAUACUCACCAGUUCCCAUGUUUUUAACUGCCAUCUUCGGUUACACACCCGCACUGCGUCAUUUCAUCACAUUUCUUAGUCUUGGCAUUGAGGUAUACAUCAUGGCUAUAACAGGGCUUGGUCUUGUGGUCUCUGUGAUAGAAGAGAGAUACGGUUUUGAUGCGAUUAAGGAAGGAACGGCGUUGAUGAAAGGGAGGAGGAUAACGGGGUUGGCUUUGGCGGGUGUGUUUGUGUUUUUAUCGAGUUUGAUUGGUCAUGGGAUGGAGAAGCUGGCGAAGGAGUUGGAUGUAGACUCGAGCUCAGGGUCGUGGUGGAGGUCUGUGGUUUUGUCUGGUGGGUGGGAAGGGUGGAGACUGGUGUGUAUGUAUGGUGUUGAGGUGGUGGUGAGUUAUGUUGUAGUCACUGUUUUUUACUGUGAGUGUAGGAAACGUCAUGGAAACAAUGAUCCAGAUGUUACUGCUGUUGAAGAUGGUAUUGCUAUUUAA